UAUCACAGGCACAUCCCGCACUAUACAGAUGUUUUUAAGGAAUCGGUAUCUGCAGCUGAUGCCAGACGGCACCGUCAACGGCACCACAGAUGGCAACAGCGCUCACACGAUACUUCAGCGUGCGACAUACAGGCAGGUCGGCCUCCUGACGAUCCAGGGGGUUGCUACCUGCAUGUACCUAUGUAUGGACGCCUGUGGUUUCCACUAUGCAAAUUAUCUCUCGGAUGAUUGCGUGUUCGAGGAGCACAUAGAAGAGAAUAACUACAACACAUACUCGCGAAUACAUAGCGGGAAGAAAACAUAUUUAGCGUUAGACAAUCGAGGAAAGUCAAGACGGACACAGAUCCCGAUGAACAGACAGCUCGGCAACCUAUCAAGAUACGCACUGACUCUCACGAGGCGAUGGGAAGGGCACAGGAUUAAACAUACGCAGUGUCCAGCGAGACGACACCACGGAAAACUAAAGAGACCCCCACCAAGACACAGAAAUUGCUUGCAGUUUUUACACAAGCAAAACCUUAGGAUGAAACGGAAGCGUAAAAAAGUUAACAACCCGAAAAAAAAGAGGCAUCCUAAAGGACGACGGAAACAUGGUAAUGGUACGACGACUACUACAACGGAGGUGAGCUGGGAUGAGUCCACCAUGUCUACCAUGUCUACGACGACAGACAUAGAGUUUUUUCGGUCAGCGACCGCGCAGGAGGCGGUCGGUCGCGCCUGACCCGCUCCCUAGUCGCGGUCGGAGCUGCCGUUGCGCUCGCUCACUAACACCGU